AUGUCGAUACUACGAAGAUUCCUGGCUCUCAAAGCAGAAGGUAUUUUCUUAGUACUUGUUUCCAGAAAGGAUGUCCAACAGAAAUCCACCAAUGUGGUCUACCAGGCUCACCAUGUGAGCAGGAAUAAAAGAGGCCAGGUUGUUGGGACCAGAGGAGGAUUUCGGGGCUGUACAGUGUGGUUGACAGGUCUCUCUGGCGCUGGAAAAACAACCAUCAGCUUUGCCCUGGAAGAGUACCUGGUGUCCCACGCCAUCCCUUGCUACUCCCUGGACGGGGACAACGUGCGCCAUGGCCUCAACAAAAACCUUGGCUUCUCCGCGGGGGAUCGGGAAGAAAACAUUCGCCGGAUAGCCGAGGUGGCCAAGCUCUUUGCCGACGCCGGGCUGGUUUGCAUCACCAGCUUCAUCUCUCCAUUUGCAAAGGACCGGGAAAAUGCUCGUAAAAUUCACGAGGCCGCAGGACUGCCCUUCUUUGAAAUCUUUGUCGAUGCCCCUCUGAAUAUCUGUGAAAGCAGAGACGUGAAAGGCCUCUACAAGAAAGCCCGGGCUGGGGAAAUCAAAGGGUUCACGGGAAUCGACUCUGAAUAUGAAAAACCGGAAACCCCCGAGCUGGUGGUGAAAACCAACCUGUGGUCCGUGAGCGACUGUGUGCAGCAGGUGGUGGACUUGCUUCAAGAGCAGACUAUCGUGCCCCACUCGGCAAUACAAGGCAUCCAUGAGCUUUUCGUACCUGAAAACCAACUGGCCGUGGCCCAGGCUGAAGCCGAGAAGCUGCCCUCCCUCCUGAUCACCAAGCUGGAUCUGCAGUGGGUCCAAGUGCUGAGCGAAGGUUGGGCCACGCCCCUCAAGGGCUUCAUGCGGGAGAAGGAGUUUCUGCAAGUGAUGCACUUUGACACUUUGCUGGAUGGCCUGGACUGUCCUGAUGGCGUCCUCAACCUCAGCAUUCCCAUAGUCCUCCCUGUCUCUGAGGACGACAUGAAACGCCUCCAGGGCUGCAGCGAGUUCGCCCUGGAAUAUGACGGACGGAAGGUGGCCAUCUUGAGAGAUCCAGAAUUCUACGAGCACAGGAAGGAAGAGCGGUGUGCCCGUGUCUGGGGGACCACCUGUGCCCAGCACCCUCACAUCAAGAUGGUGAUGGGAAGUGGAGACUGGCUGGUUGGUGGAGACCUCCAGGUCCUGGAGAGGGUCCGGUGGAAUGACGGCCUGGACCAGUACCGCCUCACGCCCCUGGAGCUCAAGCAGCGAUUUAAAGAAAUGAACGCAGAUGCGGUGUUUGCGUUCCAGCUGCGCAAUCCUGUCCACAACGGCCACGCGCUGCUCAUGCAGGACACACGCCGCCGCCUCCUGGAGAGAGGUUACAAGCAUCCUGUCCUCUUGCUGCAUCCGCUGGGCGGCUGGACCAAGGACGACGACGUUCCCUUGCAAUGGCGCAUGAAGCAACACGCGGCCGUGCUGGAGGAGGGGGUCCUGGACCCCAAGUCCACCAUCGUGGCCAUCUUCCCCUCGCCAAUGCUCUAUGCUGGCCCCACAGAGGUCCAGUGGCACUGCCGGUCCCGAAUGAUAGCCGGGGCCAAUUUCUACAUCGUAGGCCGGGACCCUGCGGGAAUGCCCCAUCCUGAAUCCAAGAAAGACCUGUAUGAGCCCACUCACGGGGGAAAGGUCCUGAGCAUGGCUCCUGGCCUCACGUCUGUGGAAAUCAUCCCUUUCCGUGUGGCUGCCUACAACAAGGUCCAGAAAGCCAUGGCCUUCUACGACCCGACGACACACAGUGAGUUUGAUUUCAUCUCGGGAACACGGAUGAGGAAGCUUGCUCGGGAAGGAGAGAAUCCCCCUGAUGGCUUCAUGGCCCCCAAAGCCUGGAAGGUGCUCACAGACUACUAUAGAUCCCUGGAGAAGAAUAACUAGGACCCCGGGGGCCCCUCCUCCCUGCACCCCGUGCUCUGCUCUGCAUCUUUCUGCUUUUGUGAUUAGAAGCUUAGGAAUUGUGUAACUUCCUGAUUUUAAGGGAACACUUUCUAACGAGGUCCAAAGUAGGCCUAAAUUUGGAAACUCUGAGACCUGGAAGAACGGUGGCUGUGAGGGGGGCCCCCGGCGGACAGGAAGGCCGUGCUCGGCCAGCUCAGAUGACUAUUGUCUCUAUCUCUCCUUUUUUGUUGCAUUGAGCACCAGAGCCAGAGAAGGCUGAGCCCCCUCCCCAGGAUGCUCAGCACUGUCCUGGGGGCUGAUCAGGGCCCACAACCAAGGAUCAGCCUAGAUGAGCAGCAUUCUGGCCCGGCAUCCUAGUGACACUGACCCGGGGAAGAGCCCUAGCCCAGCUGCCAGCGAGACCAAAGGGCAGUGUGUGUGUGUGUGUGUGUGUGUGUGUGUGUGUGUGUAUGUGUGUGUGUGUGUGUGUGUUGGUGGCAAAAGAAAACCCCAACCUCCAGCACCAACUCUAAUGCGCAUCUUGGUCUCAGACGUGCCUGCCACCAUUUCUAGGACUCAGAUCUAGAGGUCAUCAGACCCCGAAAAGGGCUAUGACCACUCUAAGGUCCUUCAGCUGCCUAAAGGUCACCUGAUCCAAAUCCCUCAUUUUACAGAUGAGGAAACUGAGGCCUGAGAAGUCACCCAAGGUCAGAAGGGAAGUGUCAGAGCAGAGGUGCCAUAUUGGAAGGUAGCUUCUGGGCCAAGCUGUGCAGUGGGGUCAACCUCAAAUAGAAAUGGAUCCCUGUGGCCCCAUAUUGGCUUGAAAACCACAAAUUAACACUAUCUAGGUUGUAUCAUAUUUUUAUUUAUUUUGUUAAAUAUUUCCCAACUAUAUUUUAUUCUGGAUAGGCAAGCCAUAUGUAAGCAGCAAGUCUGGCGAAUCUGACAGCUCUGUUGUGGUUCUUCCCCAGUGCCAUUAUUUUUACAGAGAAGGAAACUGAGGCUCAAGAAGGAGAAGGGACUUGCUUAAAGGUCACAGCACAGAAAUCACUAGGGACAGAGCUGCGAUUGGUACCCAGGUCCUCUGAAUCUAUGUCUGGGGCUUUGCCCCACUGUGCCUCUCCCCGAACUUCCUCAGAACAGAAAGGUUUCAACAGCCAAAUGAAAACUUGCCCUAAUAAUUUGUCCUGCUGCUGCAGCAUUUGGGGAAAAGUCUCUGUGCCCAGAAGGAGGGCCCAUGGAGAUGGUGGCUCCAGGCCAUCCUGCAUGAUGAAAAGUCUUGGGCAUUGCCAGUUCUGGGGGGCCAUGGGCUAAGCGUUCCUUCCUGGGCUGCAGUUUCUUUCUCUGUGAAAUGAGAGCUGGACCAAGUCUCUCUGGUGCCAUCAGGCUCUCGGGCCCAGUGGGUCCAUCAGGACCUAGAAUAUUUUAGCUGGAAAGGAACCCGAGGCCACUGAGCCUGCACCCCCUCAUUGUGUGGCUGAAGAAUGGAGGAGGUGAGGCACCUGUCUAAGGUCACACAGCUGAUCAGUGGGAAAGCUCUGGCUAGAACAUCUUCUGGACAACCAGUUCAAUAGUUUGCACACAUCAUACAAGGUUACAACUCUAUGACAAAGGAGGCCUGUCCAAAGUGAACCCCUGCUACUCCCACAAUAUGGCCUUCAUCAGUAGGUCAGCCUCCCUACCCUCCUCCCUGCCCCCUGGGCCAAUGGGAACAGCCAGGCAGCAGGCCCCCAGAGGGCAGGAGAUCCAAGGUCAGAAGGGCAGGAGUCCAAGGUCAGAGGGGAAGAGGUCCAAGGUCAGAGGGGCAGGAGGUCCACUUUCUUUAGAGGGAUCCAUUUGCAUGGACCCUUUAUGUCCUGCUCAUCUCAUGAUGUCCAUUCCAGAAGUCCAUCUUUCAUGGAAACAAAAGCAUCCUUCUGGCUCAGAGAGCAGGAAUUCAUUCCUUUGCUGAUGUUAAGGAAAGCAGCACUUUUUAAUGGACUCCAUCUCUUUAGCAGAGAUGGGGGCAAGAAAGGGAAUACUGGGACUUCUCCCAUUUUAAGUGUUUCUUUUAAAAAUUUUAGCCUUUUGCCUAUUUAAAGUUCUCACCAUAAUGUGCCUCAUAGCAAACACAGCAAAGCCCGGCUGGCCUGGUCUUUCUUCAAUACCAUGUGAUACGUCUCUCUGGAAGAAGCUGCUUGCUUGCUUUUUUUUGGAAGCAUAUUUAUUAAAAACAUGAGAAUGGGUUGAGUGCCUUAGCUAAAGUAUCUCAUGGCUUAGAAGAUGUUCAGAAGUAGGUGUUAAGCUGCCCUUGCAACACUCAAUACGAAUGAAUAUUUCUAUGUGCAAAUGAUUGCCUUUUCAUAUUUUAAUAAACAUCUUGUAAUGGAA